AGCAAUGAAGUUGUCUACUACAAUGCUAAGGAUGACCUUGAUCCUGAAAAAAAUGACAGCGAGCCAGGCAGCCAGAGGAUUAAACCUGUUUUUAUUGAGGAUGCUAACUUUGGACGACAGAUAUCCUAUCAGCAUGCAGCAGUACACAUUCCUACUGACAUCUAUGAGGGCUCGACAAUAGUGUUAAAUGAACUCAACUGGACAAGUGCCUUAGAUGAAGUUUUCAAAAAAAACCGAGAUGAAGACCCUACAUUGCUGUGGCAGGUGUUUGGCAGUGCCACUGGCCUGGCCCGGUAUUAUCCAGCUUCUCCAUGGGUUGAUAAUAGUAGAACUCCAAACAAGAUUGACCUCUAUGAUGUUCGCAGAAGACCAUGGUAUAUCCAAGGAGCUGCAUCUCCUAAAGACAUGCUUAUUCUGGUUGAUGUGAGUGGAAGUGUUAGUGGGUUGACACUUAAACUGAUUCGAACAUCUGUCUCUGAAAUGUUAGAAACUCUCUCAGAUGAUGACUUCGUGAACGUAGCUUCAUUCAACAGCAAUGCUCAAGAUGUAAGCUGUUUUCAGCACCUUGUCCAAGCAAAUGUAAGAAAUAAGAAGGUGUUGAAAGAUGCAGUGAAUAACAUCACAGCAAAGGGAAUAACAGAUUAUAAGAAAGGCUUUAGUUUUGCUUUUGAACAGCUGCUUAAUUAUAAUGUUUCCAGAGCUAACUGCAAUAAGAUUAUCAUGUUGUUCACGGAUGGAGGAGAAGAGAGAGCCCAGGAGAUAUUUACCAAAUACAAUAAAGACAAAAAAGUGCGUGUAUUUACAUUUUCAGUUGGUCAACAUAAUUAUGACAGAGGACCUAUUCAGUGGAUGGCUUGUGCAAAUAAAGGUUAUUAUUAUGAAAUUCCUUCCAUUGGAGCAAUAAGGAUUAAUACUCAGGAAUAUCUGGAUGUGCUGGGAAGACCAAUGGUUUUAGCAGGAGACAAAGCAAAGCAAGUCCAGUGGACAAAUGUCUAUUUGGAUGCACUGGAACUGGGACUUGUCAUUACUGGAACUCUUCCGGUCUUCAACAUAACGGGCCAAUUUGAAAAUAAGACAAACUUAAAGAACCAGCUAAUUCUGGGUGUGAUGGGAGUCGAUGUGUCUUUGGAAGAUAUUAAAAGACUGACACCACGUUUUACACUAUGCCCCAAUGGCUACUAUUUUGCAAUUGAUCCUAAUGGUUAUGUUUUAUUACAUCCAAAUCUUCAGCCAAAGCCUAUUGGUGUAGGCAUACCAACAAUUAAUUUACGAAAAAGGAGACCCAAUGUUCAGAAUCCCAAAUCUCAGGAACCAGUCACAUUGGAUUUCCUUGAUGCAGAGUUAGAAAAUGAUAUUAAAGUAGAGAUUCGAAAUAAAAUGAUAGAUGGAGAAAGUGGAGAAAAAACUUUCAGAACUCUUGUUAAAUCUCAAGAUGAGAGAUACAUUGACAAAGGAAACAGGACAUACACAUGGACGCCAGUCAAUGGGACAGAUUACAGUUUGGCCUUGGUAUUACCAACCUACAGUUUUUACUAUAUAAAAGCCAAAAUAGAAGAGACAAUAACUCAGGCCAGAUCAAAAAAGGGCAAAAUGAAGGAUUCUGAAACCCUGAAGCCAGAUAAUUUUGAAGAAUCUGGCUAUACAUUCAUAGCUCCAAGAGAAUACUGCAAUGACCUUAAACUAUCAGAUAACAACACUGAAUUUCUUUUAAAUUUUAAUGAGUUUAUUGACAGGAAAACUCCAAACAACCCAUCAUGUAAUACAGACUUGAUUAAUAGAGUCCUACUGGAUGCAGGCUUUACAAAUGAACUUGUCCAAAAUUACUGGAGUAAGCAGAAAAACAUCAAGGGAGUAAAAGCACGGUUUGUUGUGACUGAUGGUGGGAUUACAAGAGUUUAUCCCAAAGAGGCCGGAGAAAAUUGGCAAGAAAACCCAGAGACAUAUGAAGACAGCUUCUACAAAAGGAGCCUAGAUAAUGAUAACUAUGUUUUCACUGCUCCCUUCUUUAACAAAAGUGGGCCCAGUGCCUAUGAAUCAGGGAUUAUGGUAAGCAAAGCUGUAGAAAUAUAUAUCCAAGGAAAACUUCUUAAACCUGCAGUUGUUGGAAUAAAAAUUGAUGUAAAUUCCUGGAUAGAGAAUUUCACCAAAACCUCAAUCAGGGAUCCGUGUGCUGGUCCAGUUUGUGACUGCAAAAGAAACAGUGAUGUAAUGGAUUGUGUGAUUCUUGAUGAUGGUGGUUUUCUUUUAAUGGCAAAUCAUGAUGAUUAUACUAAUCAGAUUGGACGAUUUUUUGGAGAAAUUGAUCCAAGCUUAAUGAGACACCUGAUUAAUGUAUCAGUUUAUGCUUUUAACAAAUCUUAUGAUUACCAGUCAGUGUGUGAGCCUGGUGCUGCACCAAAGCAAGGAGCAGGACAUCGCUCAGCAUACGUGCCAUCCAUAGCAGACAUACUUCAAAUUGGUUGGUGGGCCACUGCUGCUGCCUGGUCUAUUCUCCAGCAGUUGCUCUUGAGUUUGACCUUUCCCCGGCUCCUUGAGGCAGUUGAGAUGGAGGACGAUGACUUUGCUGCCUCCCUGUCAAAGCAGAGCUGCAUUACGGAACAAACCCAGUAUUUCUUCGAUAAUGAUAGUAAAUCAUUCAGUGGCGUGUUAGACUGUGGAAACUGUUCCAGAAUCUUCCAUGUAGAAAAGCUUAUGAAUACCAACUUGCUAUUUAUAAUGGUUGAGAGCAAAGGGACAUGUCCCUGUGACACACGACUGCUUAUGCAAGCAGAACAGACUUCUGAUGGUCCAGAUCCUUGUGAUAUGGUUAAGCAACCCAGAUACCGGAAAGGGCCUGAUGUGUGCUUUGAUAACAACAUCCUGGAAGAUUAUACUGACUGUGGUGGUGUUUCUGGAUUAAAUCCCUCCCUGUGGUCUAUCAUCGGACUCCAGUUGGUCCUUCUUUGGCUGGUAUCUGGCAGCAGACACUACCUAUUGUGACCUUCCAGAUCCUAAAUCUGCAUUAACUUCAGACCCUGCCAAAACAUAAGCCCUCAAUGACAUUAACACAGGGCCAACUGUGGCAUCAGCAGAACCUUAGCUGGGCCUCUACCAUGGCAUAACUCUUAAGGCACAGGUUCAUAAGCACCCACCGGCUGCAUGUCAGGACGUCAGAUCCUUCUACUUGUGUAAAUGCUGCAUCAUCUAUGUGUAACAUCAAGCAAAAUUCUACAUGUGCUCUAUUGGAAAAUCUGGGAGUUUGCUGUUGCAUUGCUGGUGAUUAUAUGUAAAAGGGCGCCCUGUACAAUUGUUUAUGAAUCAUAAAAAAAGUCUUGAUUUUGACAUUGAAUUUCAGCCUGCUGCAAUUAUACCAAGAGAAUACAUAGGGGGAAAUGUUAUUUUUGCCUUCACUUAGUCUUCUGUUAAAAGGUAAAUCCUGCUUUCAGCAGUUACUGAAUACGGGGAGAGAGAGAGAAAAUUAACAUUGGUCUAAACUGUUGAAAUACAAAUAAUGGCUAAUUUUCUUAAAAAAUUUGCCAUGAACAAAAUGCCUUAUAAAGAAUGACUUCUCUGCCAAAAAUAAAAGACAAUUGGUGACCAAUAAAAUUUCACUGAGGUAAUGAAUUGGUGGUUUGAAAACAAUAACCAAGAAAUUAUUAAAUUAAAGGUGCUUGAGAGUGAAAUUUGAAUAUAUGACAUAUUUCCUCAUAAAUGUAAGCCCUUAAAUGCUUGGAUGUGAUGUUCCUUUUGUUAACAGUACAGUUAUGUAGUGCUAGCCAGAUAUUUGAAAAUGCUCUAAGAAAAGCUUGUUGGGGGGAGGGGAAAUGUUUUUCUUGUGAUAAAUGAACUCGGGUUACCAAGGGUAUUUUGCAUGAUGAUGCUGCUAUUCUAACUUUUUGAGUUUUUUUUUUUUUUCCUCUCUUACUGUAGAGUGUAGUCCUUGAGAAGUUAACUGAGUGACAUAAUUGUCAUGUAAGAGUCUGAACUUUGCUGUGUAAAUGCACUUAAGUCAUCUUUAAAUAUGUUGUUAAACUACUCUGAAUAUACCGUGCGGUGUCAAUGCUGAAUGACUGCGUUAGGUAAAUGCUGAAAUGAGAAUUAAUGGAUUUUAUACAGAUUCGUGCUUUUGCCUGAAAACCUAUGUACAGAUAUUUUAAGUACAUAAAUCAGAUUUAACACAUUUAUUUUUGAAAAGUACAUAUAUGUUCUCAAUGAAGAUUCAUUCUUGGUUUCCUCUUUGUUUGUUUGAAUAGUAGCAUGUACAAUCCAAAAAUUGCUUCUGCUGCUGCUUUAGUCCAUCCAUUUUAAAUGAUAUGAUCAUUUGACCAAAAUUUCCAAAUAAUUUGAUGAGAGUUUUACAAUGAUAUGAACAAAUAGGAAACCUUGAAUCUAUAUGUAUGCACAUGAACACUUGAUUGUGAAUAAUAAAAUUUGUUUUUAUACAGCCUCAUUGGUGAAAAUGGUUAGUGUAGUGAAUCAGAUAUUUCAUUAUAGAUUAAUAUGGUAACAAAAUAUUAUUUAUGCUUUUAAAACUUAUUUUCAGGAAUAAACAGUAUUUGAAGAAAGGGUAAAAACAAUGAAUGUGUAACUCUUGAAUAGAGAAUAGUUUUACUGAAAGCUGAAAGUAUGCAGAUAUUUUUUAUGGUAAAAUGAAUUUUUUCAUUUUUUAAACAUGCCAAAUAUUGGUGUGUGUACAUGCUGGAAAUUUCUUAUAUAUCAUUUUAAGAUCAAAAUUAUUUGCAUUAUCCAGCAUGCUUUAAUAUGUUCCACAUAUCAAAGAUGUAACCAUUUCUUUAUCAUAGUUAAUGUCUUGUUUUUAGCUUUGCAUACAUUUGUAAUUCCUUACUGCCAUCAAUAUAACCUAAGUUCCGUUUGUAUACGUUUCCUUAUUUAAGAUUUUUUUUUAACUUAGAAUGUGGGGAGGGGGAUGGAAUAACUCUGCCAACUAUGGUUCUAAGAGUUGACAUAAAUUACCAUUUCUAACACAUUGUGAUUUUGUACUCCAUUCAUAAAUGGUAUUGACAUUUUAGAAAACACCAAAGUGAUUUGAAAAAAUAGUGACAAUACGUUUAACACAUGUUGUUUGUUACUUAAAUAUUGAAAACUAAUUGUUACCUUUUGCUAGACAAUUUUAAAUUAUGAAGGUGUUGGGAAGGAAAUCUCAAACUAUUUAAUUGUUUGUUUGUGUAUAUCAAUGGCAUACAUUAAAACAAUUGAAUUGCUUCUAGCAUACAACAACUACCUUAAAAUUGUGUUUAAAGUCCAUUAAGUGGCCACUUAUUGAUACUUACAUAUUUUCAUGGCUGUUGUCACUUAUGUAGUGUGUUUUCAUCAACUGCAUUAUUGUUGUAUUAAUUGCAGUUAAACUUGGCAUCUGUUGGCGAGGCCCUGUUGUAGUUACAUAUCAUGACAACCACAUUCAUAGUAACAAAUUGGGUAAGAACAUGCUCUCUAAAAACGUUUUCAUGACAGACACUGACCUUCAUACUUUAACAUACUUUUCUUUAAGAAAUAGUAACACUCAUCCCAUCAAAUUGUUAUAUUAAAUUAUAGUCUGUUAUUAUUUUUGAUUUCCAAAGACUGAACAGUACAAGAGAUCAAUAAAAAAUUUUUAAUUGUUCUUAAUUUCUGGUAUUCUCAUGUAACUUGAUAUAGUUUGUCACUUAAAGUCAAAAUAAUUCUUGCAUUGGUGUUGAGUACCAGGAAAGAAUUUUGCAUAAAUGGUUUCAUAUUUUCUUCAUUUGAACAACCAGCAUUACUGCCAAACACCAAUCGUGGUCCAUAUUUGUAACAGGUUUUUAACAUGACAUAGUUAGCAAGUUUGAUUGAAGAGAUUUUUAGGUCCUGGGCCUAUAAAACUUUAGUAUGAUCUUUUUUCAUGUUUCUAAUGUUUGAAGCAUUGUUGCUUAUCUUGGGAAAAAACAGUGUUGCUGCCAUUUGUAAGUUUUCCUAUGGAUAAUAUUCCUUUUAUUACCUUUAAAACUGGCCUUAUGGGGUUCAAAUAGGCAGUAUUUUAAGUGACCUUUGUAACCCAAGUGUUACUUGCUUAUUUGAUGCUCUCUCAUAUUUUACAUCUCAUUUAAAUAUUUGUCUUCACCAAAGGUAAAGUUCUAUGUCUUAAUUUAAAAACUCGUGAGCUAUUGCACUGAUCACGUCUGUUGACACUAAAGGUACACAGUGUGAACUAGCAAGACAAAAAGGAUUUGUGACUUUUUUGCUUGCUGCCCCAAAUUCCAAAUAUUUUUAUCACCUGGAACUCAUAUUAUUUCCCAUAGCAGAAUGUUAAUAUUGUUAAGAUUCAGUGUACAUUUCUGUAAAGAAUGAAUCACUAAAACAUAAGCUUCAAGUAUGAAAAAUUCCAGAAUGUUGAAGAAUUAGAUAGCCCUUGCUCAUAGUUUCACCUACCUUAUUUCUAGUCCAAAUAAAAGAAAUUAUCUUGAAGAAAUUCCACUGAGACUUAUGGAAUACUGUCUUGUAAUAGAUGCCAACUGAGUUUAUAAUGUGACCUGGCAAUGCUGUCUUUUUUGUUGUGCUGUAUGAUUGUUGGAUCAUGCUUUUAGGGAUACUUUUAAUGAAAUAAAUGUUCAACAUGCAUCCAUGCUGAAGGCCAAGUGGCUUUUGUGAACAAUAGAUCCUUUCUCCCCUUUAUUAUGUUCUCUUAACACUUUUGUGGAAAUUAGCCUGAUACAAACAUUUUGUAAAAAUUUGUAUAAUACUGUUAUAAAAAUAUUUAUAAUCCCAGAAAAUGUUGUGUUAAAUCUUGUGCAAAAACAGUAUAUUCAGAAUAAAGAUUUAUCAUUUAAAGUCACCAUGCAGUUUGGAUCAUUUGCUUUUUUAAGAUGCAGUUGAAGGAAACAAUGGAGUCUGUCAUAAAUAUGUUUCAAGA